GCAAUGGAAGGAAGACUACUACACAUGUCCAGAGUGGGGAAAUAACUCAAGUCCAGAGACCAAGGUACAGUUGAGCACUCAAUCAUCACUUUUUCUGCUAGGGGGAAACGGCCUAAGCAGCACAGCAACCAGCAAUCGUGUAUUUACAGGGCAAAUGCCAUCAACUUCCAGAAAUAUUGGCGUUUGCUUAUGAACAGGAAGGCUACAUGUGUAAUAUAUCUAAAUUGUGAAAGAUCUCUCUUGCACUGUCCCCUAACCAACUCUGUCUGUCCUCUCUCUCUUGUCCUCCCCCUACCCCAGGAGUAAUUACAGCAUAGUGAGAGGAACCGGAUGGCAGAGCAGAGAAAGUUCACCCCUGUGUGGGACCUGAGACGAGAUCCACCCAGAGACUGGCACAUGCCACUGCACCAGGGGACGCCCCAGGACUCCCAGUCC